AUGGCUAAGGACCUGCUCCGUCGGGUGUGGUACCUGUCCCUCGGCGUGACGUUCGGGUAUUUUCUCUCCGUUCUUACGGGACAUGUGGACAAUUCGUACCGAGCCUCAACUCAGAGGAGUACGUCAGGCGGACUGCCCGUCUAUGUGUCGUCUGAUUUUCAGGAAAGGCGCGAACUGAAGAGAGGGGUGAAAUCGGACCGGUUUAUACGCUCGCAGAAGGAAUCUGAGGGCUUGGAAGUUUGUACCACAGGUGAUUGGACGGAGGCGGAAAAAAGGAUCAUUGAAAGGCACCAUGCGAAUAUACGUCAUGUGGGCGUGGCCCAACAACUGGUGCGCAAGAUUCGCGUUCUGUGCUGGAUCCUGACGUCACCAAAGAACCACGUUUCCAAGGCAAGGCACGUCAAAGCCACGUGGGGGAAAAGGUGCAACAAACUUCUCUUCUUCAGCACAAAACCUGACAGCCGACUGCCCACCGUCGUCAUAGAAACGGGAGAGGGUCGGGAUUUCCUGUGGGGAAAGGCAAAGGCCGCGUUACGUCACAUACACGCGCACUACCUGCAGGACGCUGAUUGGUUCUUGAAAGCUGAUGACGACACCUACAUCAUCAUGGAGAACCUCCGUUUCAUGUUGUCCGAGUAUACCCCGGAUGCUGCGAUGUAUUUCGGCUUCAGGUUCAAGACGAUCGUGAAGCAAGGGUACAUGAGCGGAGGGGCGGGGUACGUCAUCAGCCGGGAGGGGGUUAACAGAGUCGUACAAGGGUUAAACGUUCCAGGAAAGUGUAAGGAGGGACAAGGUGGCGCUGAGGACGCUGAGUUGGGGAAGUGUAUGCAGAACGUCGGUGUGAGGGCCAUGGACUCACGUGACCACCAGGGGAGGGAGCGGUUCCACCCGUUCGACGUCAGCGCCCAUCUCCAAGGCGCGUUUCCGGAGUGGUACUACAGAUACAGCUUCUAUAACGUGUCCAAGGGCUUGUCGUGCUGUUCGGACUACUCCAUCAGUUUCCACUACGUGCCCUGGGACCAGAUGUACGCGCUGGACUACCUGGUGUACCGCCUCCGCCCGUACGGCAUGUGUGACGACUCCACACUCACAACGUCAAGGGCAACUCUCGGACAGUAAGAUUAAAAUGCAA